AUGCGCUGCGCGCCGCCGGGGCUGCUGCUCGCCCAGCUGCACGCCUGCAUCUUCUGGAGCGGGCUGUGGCCCGCCGGCUGCCAGCCGCCCCCCGCCGCCUGGAGGCAGCGCAUCCAGUGGGAGAACAACGGACAGGUGUACAGCCUGCUCAGCCAGGGCGCUCAGUACCAGCCCCCGCGGCGCCGGCAGGCGGCCGAGCCGGCGAGCAGCCCCGUGCUGCUGCUCCGCGGGAACGGCUCUGUGCCGCGGGCCAACGCCGCCCGGCCCCAGCCCGAGUCCCAGCCCCAACCCCAGCCUCAGCCCCGGCCCCAGCCCGGCGGCAGCCGCGGCUCGGGCGCCCGACAUUGGUUCCAGGCCGGCUAUCGGGCGCCCUCCGAGCCGCGGCGCCGCCGGUCCUUCCUCGGCAGCCCCGCGGUCCGGCGGCCCCGGCGACGAGAGCGAGCGGAGCGCCGGCGGGUUGCCGCGCCCAGCGGUCUGCGAGCCGGGCGGGAGGACAUGAUGGUGGGCGACGACCCCUACAGCCCCUACAACCUGCGCUGCGCCGCCGAGGAGAACUGCCUGGCCAGUUCAGCUUAUCGAGCGGAUGUUAGAGACUAUGAUAAUCGAGUGCUCUUGAGAUUCCCUCAGAGAGUGAAAAACCAAGGAACUUCAGAUUUCCUACCAAGCAGACCUCGUUAUUCCUGGGAGUGGCACAGCUGUCACCAGCAUUAUCACAGCAUGGAUGAAUUCAGUCACUAUGACUUGCUAGAUGCAAGCUCGCAUAGAAAAGUUGCUGAAGGACACAAAGCAAGUUUCUGCCUUGAAGAUACCUCCUGUGAUUACGGGUAUUACAGACGAUACGCCUGUACAGCACACACACAGGGAUUGAGUCCUGGCUGUUAUGACACUUACAAUGCUGACAUAGAUUGCCAGUGGAUUGAUAUCACAGAUGUGAAACCUGGAAACUACAUUCUGAAGGUCAGUGUAAACCCCAGUUAUUUGGUACCUGAAUCUGAUUACUCCAACAACAUAGUACGCUGUGAUAUACGCUACACUGGCCACCAUGCAUAUGCCUCUGGCUGUACAAUUUCACCGUAA